AUGUCCGCCAACCCCCCUUCCAAACCUUCCACGUCGCCGCUCAGUCGGAAUCGCACCUCUCUCCUGUCCAAGUUUCGCUCCCCACUGGGCCAACGAAAUCGAAGCCUCCCUGAUUUCUACAUCGAGCUGGAUGACCCAUGGCGCUCAUAUUUCCCCGGUGAUAUUCUCAAGGGUACCGUGGUUGUGAAGGUGGUGCGACCGGUUCGCAUCACGCACAUUGUGGUCUGUCUUCAUGGAUAUGUCAAGGUGUUCAAGAACGCCGUCCCGUCGGGCGAAAUGUCCCCCGACCUGGGAUUUCUAGGUCCCGGGCGCGGCCGGCGAGGUGCGGAGUAUUUGGGCAAUGGGCUGGCCACUUUGUUCGAAGACGAGAUCGUUCUCUGCGGCGAGGGUCGCUUGAAAGAGGGCAUUUACAAAUUCCACUUCGAAAUGGGCCUCCCUCCAUAUGCUCUUCCCAGCAGUAUUAAUUUUGAACGAGGCGCCAUUUCUUACUCGCUUACUACCACCCUCACCCGACCGACCACCAUGAACCCGACUCUUACCUUUCGCAGACGGAUUAAUCUCCUGGAAAACAUUGAUAUUGCUCCCUUUCCCGCUCCUAAAGCCCGCAUUGUCACUCUGGAACCCGUUUCCAAGCGCUCCAAGUCGCGCGCGAAAUCCAAGUCGACAAACUCCGACGCAAUUGCUGCUCCAGAUACCUCUUCGGUCGACACCCCUGUGAGCGGCACUGCAACAUCUACAGAUCAAAGACCCCCUUUGAGCCCUUCUCCAAGCAAUGUCAGCACGUCCAGUCGGCCUAGUAAUAGCAGUCAAAGCUUUCAAAUCGCCAGUGAUCCGAGCUCGUCAACAAGCACGAACGGGCGGAAUAGUGAAGGUCGCAGUGCGACUCCGUCCGUCUCCGAUAAAACCAUUACAGCCAAGGCCGAGGUUUUGCGCGCAGGCGUGCUGCCGGGAGAUACUUUGCCCAUCAAGGUCACAAUCAACCAUUGCAAACAGGUGCGCAGCGCGCAUGGCAUCGUUGUUACUCUGUACAGACAGGGUCGCAUCGAUCUUCACCCUGCCAUUCCUAUCGGCUCAACGGCAUCCGGGAAGAAGCCCGUCUACGAGGACUGCUAUCCUCGGUCGCGUACAGGGCUUGGAGGAUUAACUCUGGGGACGAGUCGUACCACCAGCACUUUCCGCAAGGAUCUGUCCCAAACAUUUGCACCGCUCAUCGUCGACCCCAACACCAUGUCUGCCGUCGUGAAAACCUCCAUCCGAGUCCCCGAAGAUGCCUUCCCUACCAUCACUCGUGUGCCAGGGUCCAUGAUCAACUUCCGGUAUUACGUGGAGGUAGUUGUCGACUUGCGUGGCAAAAUCACUUCGCCCGAUCGUUUCAUCCCGCGAUUCAAGAUGGUUUCGGGCGGCAGCAAUUUCUCGCCCAGUGGGCAGAUUCUCAACCCAGCCGACGUGAACGGGAACGGCGUCACAGCCAAUUGGGCAGGGAACAUCCUGGACACGGAUCAAAUUCGCCGCGAAAAAGGUGUGAUUUCAGUGGCGUUCGAAGUCGUGGUUGGGACUCGCGAUUCACAGCGCGGUCAGGGCGGGGUGGAACGUACCCCAUCCACGGCCGCCGAGUCGUCAGUGUCGCACACGGCACAGCCCACCUUGAUGACUGUCAAUCCCGUCGACGGGGAGAAUGGGCCCGAGGCCAGCCCACUACCCCCUUCACAUACGGAUUAUGGAAACCAAGACGAUUACGGGUUUCCGGAGGAGAUGCAUUGGGCAGAGUAUCCGGAAGAAUAUUCGCAACCAUUCCAACCGAUUGGACCAGCACCCCCAGAGAUCGAAGAGCCCGUGGACGAGAAGACGCGUAUACGAAGGCAUGAGCAAGCUCUGUUGCCAAGUCGACCACCAGAGGACGAUGGUGCUGGGCCAUCUACUGCGGAAGGGGCUGUCCCAACCGCGCCGGUCCUGCCCGAUGACCAUCAUCUUCAAGACUAUCACCAUGUCCCAUCCCCGGAUACCAAUGAAUUGCCGCAUACUGUCCGAUCAGCCGACUCACUACAGACGGUACUUGUGAACGGCUGCGCGGCCGAGCCCAGUGAGCCGCCAGGACCAAGCGAGGACAAGCAAGAGCUGGAGCGCCAGCGACUCAUGCAGCAUGCCAGUUCACCUGACGACGAGCCUAAUGGUGGGCCCAGCCAGGCACCGAGUGCUCCAGUCUUUGACGAAGAUGAUCAAUUGGUGGGCGGGAUGGCGCAGGCCGAUGAAUCUUUGCCUCGGUACCAGCGGUGA